AUGGCCAAUGUUGCCACCAAUGACGACAUUACAACAGAAGAGGCUUUUGUUUCGAAGCCUAUCCCGGAAGGAGCGACCUUCGAGGAGACACUCGCGAUCCUUAUGGAGAAUGUCGAGAACCAUCGCAAGAAGAUGGACGCGGAUCUUGCCAGAGAAACUGCAAAAUCAGAAAGGCUCCGCCGCGAGUUUGAGCAGCGUAUGACUCUAUACGCAGAGAGUACCAGGCAGCAGGUUACACGAACAAAGGGUGCCUUGAAGGCGCAAGCUAUAACCAUCGCUGCCGAACAGGAUGAGCGUCAUAAGACAAUUUUGAACGCCAUCGCGAGCCAAAACAAGCAUACCUCAUCGGAGUUCGCGACCUUGCGCAAGGAAGGUCCCAGCUUGACUACUCAAGUCGGUUCACAGCAAGGUGAAUUGGAAAGCCAAAAAUCUUCGCGCGAAGAGGUUGUUUCUGAGGUUGAAUUGCCUACAGAUGGCAACAAACGUAAAUGCCUCAUUGAUGAGUCACGACCUUACAUAGAGGCUUUGCAUGGAGAGGAUGGUCAACAAGAUUGUUUCUCUGACAAUAUAAUUGUCUCAGAACAAAUAUAUGAUUUCUCCACUGAUCAAGCCAAAUAUGUGGCUACUGAUCAGAUGCCUGGGGGGCAAGACGUAGCUCACGUUCAGCAGUUCAAAUCCCUUGAACAAGUGGUCAAAUAUAAUAGCCAAUCUGUGGCUUAUUAUGAAGACACCAUGUUCUAUGACAUGGUAGUUGGCGACAAAGCCGAUCUUGGGACAACGUCAUCUCCAAAAUUUCAAUUGAAGAUCUCGCCUCGUCAACCAACAAAGAUACUUGGGGGGCAAUACUCCUUCUACGAGCCAAAUUUCUUCCAAGUGUUCGACACGAAGUAUUUUUGUUAUUUUCUUACAAGCUCCCGCAAGAGGGAUUUUCAUGCCAUAAAUUUUGAUACGUCGGAGCUUGGAGUAAGGCAUAGAUGGCCUCCCCCGUGGCCUUCUAGAGACCCUUCAGAUCUCACUGAUUUUGUCAUAAACAAAGGCAAUGGAGUAAAGGGUCUUUCCCAAAUGGGACUCAAAAGCCUCCCAAAGCAAUAUAUCCAACCCCUUGAAGAAAGAAUGAGUAUGAAUAUGACAAAAAUGCCUGAAGAAUCCAUUCCCAUCAUUCACGUGUCAAACUGGGAGGACCCGAAAGUGGCAGAAUCAAUUUGCAAUGCGGCAGAGAAGUGGGGGUUCUUUCAACUACUCAACCAUGGUGUGCCCACUGAAGUUCUUGAGCAUGUCAAGGAAGCAACUCACAGGUUCUUUGAGAUGCCAGCUGAGGAGAAGUGUAAGUUCUCGAAAGAGCAUUCGCCUUCAACCAAUGUCCGCUUUGGGACAAGCUUUAGUCCUGAAGCAGAGACGGCACUGGAGUGGAAAGACUGGCUUAGUCUCUUCUAUGUUUCUGAGGAUGAGGCCUCUGCACACUGGCCUCCAGUUUGCAAGGCUGAAGUGCUCGAAUACAUGAAGAGGACAGACAUACUCAUAAAACGACUCCUAGAUAUACUGAUGAAAAGGCUAAACGUGACAGAAAUAAACACAACCAAAGAACCACUUCUAAUGGGAUCCAGGCGAAUUAACCUUAAUUACUUCCCCGUUUGCCCAAACCCUGAGCUGACAGUUGGAGUUGGGCGUCACUCUGAUGUCUCCACACUCACAAUCCUCCUUCAAGAGUACUACAUCGGAGGGCUUUACGUCCGACCUGAGUUUACUGAUGAAGAUACCUGGGUGCAUGUUCCUCCAUUGGAAGGGUCAUUAGUGAUCAACGUUGGCGAUGCACUGCAAAUAAUGAGCAAUGGAAAAUACAAGAGCGUCGAGCAUCGAGUGGCUGCUAAUGGAAGUAAGACUAGAAUUUCGGUUCCCAUAUUUGUGAAUCCGAGGCCAUCGGACGUGAUAGGGCCUCUGCAUGAAGUGCUUGAGAGUAGUGGGGAGAAACCAUUGUAUAAGCAAGUUCUGUAUUCUGACUAUGUCAAGCAUUUCUUCCGGAAGGCUCAUGAUGGGAAGAGUACGGUUGACUUCGCCAAAAUCUGAAGUUGUACACGGUGAUUAAACCGAGCCCUAGUGCACGGUGGGUGAUUCAUAAAAUAUGACCAGGGCAUGCCCAUUCUCAUUACCUAAGAGAAGGCAG